AUGGAAGAGAAGAAGAAUGCAGACGACGAUAGAAUCAUCAACGACAAUAUAUUGAUGAUAUCUGAUGUCCAUGCUGAUGACGAGGAUUUUGAGAAGCAGCAAGAAGGCAGCAGCAGAUUGAAUAUAAGUCGAGAGAUUCAGGAAAGCGUAAGAAAAUCCGAGGAAGCAAGUUGUGUUUCACCUACAAGUUCGUUACCUCCUGCUCCCCCAGUACUAGGCCUUGGGCGUGGUGCUCCUCUUUUGAAACCCACUCCACGACGCCGUGUCAAUGGCAACGUGUCUCAGCACCCUACCACUACCACUGCAGAGACCGAUGAGACCAGGGUCAAGUUUCUGAGGCUUUCACACAGAUUAGGGCAAACUCCACGUAACAACGUUGUUGUUGCUCAGUUUUUGUAUAGGCUUGGAUUGCCUGAGCUGUCUAGGGGAAGCAGCCGUGGUGUUGGUGCCUUUAUUAGUAGUAUUAAUCGUGCCAUUUCCAUGGCGGAACAGCUUGAGGGACAGAAUCAGGAUCAUCCGCUUGAUUUUUCUUGUACGAUUAUGUUGCUCGGUAAAACCGGUGUUGGCAAAAGUGCUCGAUCCAAGGCUCAACCUCCACUGUCACUUUUUCUCUCAUCUCUUCUGGAAUCAGAUCAGCUUCCUCCUCCUUUUAAGCGAUUGACUGAAGCUGAGAUUUCUAGGCUUAGUGAGCAAUAUCGUGUUGAGUUUGAGCACCAGGCGGAACUAGAGAUGGAAGAGGAAAACGAGAGACGUCGACCUCAUAUUACUCUUCCACCUACCAUGCCAGUACCUAUACCGAUAUGGUAUGACACUAACAAUCAUCCUGUUCGCACCCAUCCACCUAUUGAUCUCUCCAACCCGUCGCUACUUGUUACUCCAGUCCUGGUACUUCCGGGGUGGGAUCAUGAUAUUGGCUAUGAUGGUCUAAGUGCUGAGGGGACUUUGGUUAAUGUUAAAGAAAAGAUGCAUAUGUCUUACUCGGGUCAAGUGACAGAGAACUUCAGGAAGAAAGGUGCAAACGUGCAGCUGGAAAUGGCCAACUUGGUUGUACAUGGAGAGGAGGGUAAUAGAUCAACCUCCCUAGGUUUCGAGAUGCAAAAAAAGACCUGGGAUGAAUUGUCUUGCACUCUUCGAAGUGAUUCCAAUUUUAUGAAACACAAUGCUGCUGCUGGUCUCUCUGUAACGCUCUUGGGUGAUUCGGUGUCUGCGGGGAUGAAAGCAGAACGUAAGUUGAUUGCUAAUAAAAGGUUCGGAAUGGAUGUGUGUGGUGGUGGGGCAAUGACCUGUCGAGGUGAUGCUGCUUAUGGGGGUAGUUUAGAAGCUCAGUUGCUUGGUAGGUUUUUUUUAUCUACUCUGGGACUUUCUGUGGUGGAUGGGCAUGGGGGUCUUGCUAUCGGAGGGAAUAUACAGACCCAAGUGCACAUAGGACGUUCAUCUGAUCUAACUGCUCGUGCUAAUCUGAACAGCAGAGGGGCAGUGCAAGUAAGCAUCCGGGCAAACAUCUUUGAACAGCUCGAACAUGCUAUGGCCGCACUUGUUCCUCUGUUUAAGAAGCUACUUAGUUAUUAUUCCCCUAAUUAG